AUGAGUCCUCACACAAUCACUCCACAUCGACUGAGUCUGCCGGACACUCACCAUCCUGUUCCCAUUGCACCAGCAAUUUAUACCCACGAGAUGGAUUCGAAUAUGCUCCGGAAUGGGUUCACCCAGACCCCGCCUGAUAUGGCCAUUCCGAUCACACCCAUGAUCCCUCACAUGUCGCAGAUGGACAAUUUCAUCCACAUGCAUGCCACCCCCUAUGAUCACGACCACGACCCUCACUUCCUCGCCCUUAGUAGCGCUCAAACCAGCAUGAUGGAUUUUGACACCGCUAAUUUCAUGAUCGAUUUCAUAAGUCCUUCAGCCGGCCCAAUGCAUGGCCCCAAUGAGCAGUUCCUGAUGAGUGGCAAGCUUGGAAUGCAGACACCAGGCCAAAUUCCUCCGACAAUGUCACUCCAGGACGACUCCAAUCCUUUUGGCCUGCGUCUUGAUUUGGGGAGUCCGAGACACACAAACUAUCGGGUUCCUGCGGGCUUGUCACCCUCGAGCUCCUCCACCGCCAGUGGUGGUCUCCAAGAGCCUGAUGCUGUACUCGCUGCCCAGCAAUCUUGGCCUUUCUUUCAGUGCAACCGUAUCGACAAGUAUUCUUUCGCUCCACCAAGGACGGCUGCAAUAUACCUGGAAGGUUUGGCUCAAACCUUGAGAAACCAAGCUACGUGGACUGCUUGGACCGCACAGCUCGACGAGACCUCACUCGACAUCUCGACUGAGAGAAAGAUUGCCACCGAGCAAUUUCUGGGGUGGUCGCGAGAGAAGCUGUUAGCCAUCACUCAAGGUUUCCUCCACAAAGCAUUGGAUAUUCAUAAAGCCGAUCAUGCCAGGGAAGACACGCCCUCGAGUCCCGAUUCUAGCAGAGAUGCGUUCCUCAUGUUACCGCCUCCAGAUGUUAUGCAGUACUUCCUCCGAAGCUAUGUCGUCCGUUAUGAGCCUUAUUACUCCUCUAUCCCGGCUGGGCGCCUGGACCCUAAUACUCUGAUGCAAUCUCACAACAGCAAGGCUGCAAGUUUGUUGAUUCUUCUCAUGGUAGCUUCGGGUGCCUCGGCCACCGCCACCGUCGAGGGCAGGUAUAUCACAAGUGGCCUCACGGAAGCUUGCCGGAUCUCGCUAUUCGAUACCAUUGAGAAGGAUGUACUCCAAUCUCGAGAAGUCAUAGUUCUCAGAUCGGCACUACUGUUCACUUGUCUCGCGGCGUGGUCAGGUGACAAAUGGCAUAUGGAUAUGGCCAUGGGCCAGCGCGGCAUGUACCUAGCUAUGCUUGCGCACUCAGGUAUGCUUGAUUCCACUGAGUCGAGCAUUGACAUCGAAACGUGCAAACAAGAGCCAGAAAAGGCAUGGGAAGACUGGAAGGGGCGCGAAGGCAAACACCGGCUGGCUCACUCUUGGGUGAUUGUUGAUCAAGAGAUGAGUCUGUUCUCAGACACAACACCCUUAAUGUCUGUAGUUAAUCUGUGCGCUCCCAUGCCUGACUCGGAUGACCUCUGGCAUGCAGAGAAUGCUGGCCAGUGGCUUGAGCUUUUUCAACAAGCGCACGGUUCCACGUAUCAAAGGCAGUGCUCUGUGCGUGACUUCUUUACCAGUUUCAUGGAAGGGGACUUGGCGGGGAAGGAGCUGUCACCCACACAACUUCGCCUGCUGUUACACCCCCUCCAGGGCCAAGUGUGUCAGCUUCGGCAGUUAAUCUCAUGCUUACCUGAUGGCGGUAACCAUUCAAAUGCGUCGCAAGCUGUCUCCAAGUCAGCAACCAAGGCGCGCUUAGACGAACUUUCAUCACUCCUCCGUCAAUGGUAUGCAAUCAGCAAGCAGAGUUUUGCCGGAAAUACAGGAACCUGCUGGACGACCUGUGCCAACCUUAUCAUGUAUCACCUAAUCUCCCUUAAUACCAUCACCAGUUUCAAGGACAUUGAACAGUUUGCGCGACGUGAGGUUGCGUUGGGUCCCUUCCGGUUUGCGUCUUGGCUGCAGAUGCGCUGCAUCGACCGAUCCGAGGAAGCUUUCUUCCACUGUGGUCAGAUCCUUCGCCUGAUCAGGUCAAUGCCGCGCCCAGUGCGACCACCAUGGUGGGCUGGAGCUGUCUACCGUGUCGCCCUAACCGGGUGGGCUACGAGUAUGGCAGGUGGAAGUGGGCGAUUCUCACCCACUCAAGGCCAACCUGAACCGGAUAGACCAUUUGCUAUCGACGGCAUGACACCUGAGGCAGAGGCCAUUGGUCGAUACAUGAAAUACCAGGAGGGUACACCGAUGUUGCAAAGAGCUGAUGGUACUUUGGCUUCUGUCGAAGUGCCCAGCAAUAUCCUGCAACACUGCAUCGAGCUUCUGGAAGACGAUUCAUCGAUGCGACUGGCCGAUGGAGUCAAACGAAAGCUCCGAAUCUUCAUGUCGAAUUGGAGCGACAAUUGA